CCUGCGGGCGCUGAGGGCGGGAAAGCCGAAGCGGGGGCAGUUGCGAGGGCCAAGGACGCGGUGGCGGUCAGGACGAUGGAAGUCUCGGAGAGAGGGGAGAGCGGUACCCCUUUUCACUCGGAUAAGAGUGAGCCCUGUUCAAGAGGCCUCUUAAGUGACCUUCGACAUUCGAAGGCCAGAACCCGCCCUCGUAGUGCGGCAUCGAGGCGGAACGCCGCGUCUCCAGCACGUGGUGUUGAAAAACUCUUGGAUGCUGGGCCCAAAAGAACCAAGAAUUUGAGAGGCAUCGACUAAAUCUAGAAAAAUAGAUAAGAGAGAUUCCACCAAUUUCGGGAGAUUGGAGUUAUGAGAAGAAGUUUCAAAUGAUCAGAUUGUUUGCUUCUGGAAGAUAGAGAAAAGAAAUUGGGAUGGAUGAUUCCUGAAAUUUCUUAUUCAGUAUUUCCACGUAUAUAGUUCGGCCUAUCUAGUCCUAGUAUGAUCUUUUGAAUGUAACUAAAAUACUGGUUUUUGGAAAUGUUCACGUCAGAUCAUAAAUCUGGGUUAUAUGAUGCCCAGAGGGAUACGCACUGGGAGACAGAGUGAUUACUCUAAACGGAGCUUGCAUCUGCUGGCUUUUCACCAAGUGUGCCUCGUACCUUUCUAAGGGCGCUAUAUGCAUUGCCUUGUUUCACUUCAUUACAGGUUUAGGAAGUAGAGACUGUUUAUUUACUGUAUUUUACAGAUGAGCUAAAUGAGGUUCAGACAUGUGAGGUAAUUCUGCCAGUGUCACCAGCCUGUGAAUGAGAGGACUGAACCAGAACUUAGAUUUGACCCUAAAGUCUAUUGAAGGAGCUGUUAUCUCCAUUUUGGAAAUGAGUGCAUCAGAGAUGUUAAGUAACUUGGCCUAGAGAUAAAUAACAGUAACUAACAGUGGUGUCAGGAUCUGAAUGCAUGUCUGCUUUUCUCUAAAACUUAUGGUUUUAACUAUCUUAAAUUCUAAGAUACUGUUGAGCAUUAAGGCAUGCAGUAGGAGAACACAGCACAUUGAGAAUAUUAGGGUUUUUCAGAAAUUAGGUUGAGCGCUAUUACAAACCUCAUUAUAUUUAUUUAUCUCUGCUGGGUCUUAGUUGUCGCACACAGAAUCUUUUUAGUUGCAGCGUGAGGAUUGUGCACUAAUUACUAUAUAGAGCUGAAGUGAAGUGAAGUGCGGGUCACUCAGUCAUGUCCGACUCUUUUCGGACCCCACUUCACUUCAACUGUCUAUAGUAAUUAGUUCCCUGACCAGGGAUUGAACCCAGGGCCCCUGCAUUGGGGAUGCAGCAUCUUAACCUCUGAAAGAUAAGCCCCAUUAUAAAUCAGGUCUUAAAGACUAAGGUUUUGUGCCACAUUGCUACACUAAGGAAGAAGGACCUAAACAGCGGUGAUAACUUGGCAUAGAGUGAAUGAGAACCUCUGAGGGCAGGAAAGGGACUUAAAAAAAUAUGGUGUCUGUGGGAGAUGCCUUUAUUGAUUUAUUGAGUGCAUUUGGCUGCUGUGCUUCCAGUCUCAGUUGCAAUUCCCACAUGGAGGCUGUUCCCACCCUUCCUGUGUCCCUUGAGUUUAGCAGGCACUUCCUGUCCUAUUGGAAAUGAAAGUUAGAGAUUGGGGGUGUGGUGUGUGCGUAUUUACUCUGCAGAAUGUUGGUACCGUUUGUCCCUUUAUUAUAGCAAAAAGGUGACAGGAGAACUAGAAUAGAGACUAGGACUUCAUCUCAGGGAGGGUUUGGUCUUAAUGUUUGUUGUGGCAAAGCAGACAGGUUAAUUUAUUUCUUAGAAUAUCCACUAUGACAGUGAGGGGGCCUUAAGAAGGGAUUUGAAGGCUUUCAUCCUAUAUCCCUGUUCCACUUGGACUAGAUUGGUAAAUUACUGGAUAGCGUUCUUAAAUUUUUGGUUUCCUACAAGUUUAUUUGAUUGUUAAGUCACCUUCUACAGCACAUUCCUUUGGUACUAUUAGAGGUAAGUGUUGCAAGUGUGUCAAAUUUUUGACUCUUAAGUUAAUGUUCCUUUCCUCCUAAGAUCUUUGUAUUUUUCUUCUCUGUGAAGUAUGUCUUUUUUUUUUUUUUUUGAAGUAUGUCUUUAUUUAAAAUAUUUAUUUAUUUAUUUUUCUGCAGUUUAGAGACAGCUUGAAGCAAGCAUCCCAACUCUGUGAACUUCAGCUCGGGCAUAAACUUCAGAUUGGCUUCCUGACAUUAAAGAGAAAAUGCUGCUAUCAGUGGCGUCCAGGCCUGGGAUUUCGACUUUUGGCUAUAACAAGAACAACAAGAAGCCGUAUGUGUCCUUGUCUCAGCAAAUGGCACCUCCGAGUCCAAGCAGCGGCAGCGGGAGCGCGGCCAGUGACCAGCUGAGCAAGACCAACCUCUACAUCCGGGGGCUGCAGCCGAGCACCACGGACCAGGACCUGGUGAAGCUCUGUCAGGCAUACGGCAAGAUUGUCUCCACUAAGGCCAUCCUGGACAAGACCACAAACAAGUGCAAAGGCUACGGCUUUGUGGACUUUGACAGCCCUUCAGCCGCGCAGAGAGCGGUAACCGCGCUGAAGGCCAGUGGUGUGCAAGCGCAGAUGGCAAAGCAACAGGAGCAGGACCCCACAAACUUAUACAUCUCAAACCUCCCGCUGUCGGUGGAUGAGCAGGAGCUGGAGGGGAUGCUGCAGCCCUUCGGCCAGGUCGUCUCCACUCGGAUCCUGCGCGACACCAGCGGGGCCAGCAGAGGGGUCGGCUUUGCCAGGAUGGAGUCCACAGAGAAGUGUGAAGCCAUCAUCACCCACUUUAAUGGAAAAUAUAUUAAGACACCCCCUGGAGUACCAGCCCCAUCUGAUCCCUUGCUUUGCAAAUUUGCUGAUGGGGGUCCAAAGAAACGACAGAACCAAGGAAAAUUUGUGCAGAACGGACGGGCCUGGCCAAGAAAUGGAGACAUGGGUGGCAUGGCUUUGACCUAUGACCCCACCACGGCUCUUCAGAAUGGGUUUUACCCCGCUCCUUACAACAUCACCCCCGGCAGGAUGCUGGCUCAGUCUGCACUGUCCCCGUAUCUCCCGUCUCCUGUGACGUCGUAUCAGAGAGUGACUCAGACAUCUCCUCUACAAGCACCUAACCCGUCUUGGAUGCACCACCCGUCAUACCUCAUGCAGCCCUCAGGUUCAGUUCUGACACCAGGAGGGGACCAUCCCAUUUCUCUGCAGCCUGCCUCCAUGGUGGGACCUCUGACCCAGCAGCUGGGCCACCUCUCUCUCAGCAGCACCGGCACGCUCCCCAGGUGUUCUCAUGGUGGCCCAGGACCACCGCGCCGAGCCUGUCGAUGCGUCUCGUUCCAGUACGUGCCGGCCGCUGCCGCUCUGCAGGGGGCUUACAUCUCCCACUACACGCCGGUGCCCGCUUCCAGCGUUUCAGCUGAGGAGAGCGGCAGCCAGCAGAACCCGGCGCCGGUGGACGCGCCCGCGGAGCACGGCGUCUACCCCUUCCCGUUCAGCAAGUGACGGCGGUAAGAGGCGCACGGGCCGCCAGCCGCCGAGGUGGACUGUUCUCACGCUGUCACUGCCCCUCCCGCCCUCUCUGGCUUACGCCUCUUUUAGGGUCUCUCCCCGCCUUUGUGGAAUAUAAAAGAAUUCUGGGAGGUGCUGAUGCUCCAGACUCCAGAGGGCUGACCGGGAAUACGGCGCUCCGGGGGCCCAGCUGAGGACGGACACGGCGGGCGGUUUGCUCGGGCCUGGGCCCGGGAAGAGAAAGCCCUGCUGCCCCGCCCUCCGCUCUUCCGUCCGCCGGUGGAGCCUGGGGAGGGGGCGGCCCCUGUUGUGUGCGCUGCAGCCGAGGACGUCAAGAACCUUUUUUCCUUUGUGAAGAAAGUUUGCUGUUUCGCUUUUAACUGCAAUAUACUCUUAUCCUACGCCAAAGAGACUGGUGCCUGGGACUUCUCAUCUUUGUGAAAAACUAUUUUUGAUGUGUUGGACUUACUUGGGAAGGCUUUUCUUUUUAUAUAAAACAAUUUAUUUCUUAAAAAAAAAGAUGUGGUGCUAGCACAUUGAUGGGGUCCUGCGUGGGCCCUUCUUUCUGAAUUUAGCAAUGGACCUUUUUUGUGGGGAGGUGUGUGAAAGAAUACACAGACUUUGAAUGUUUUGUUUUAUAAAGCUCUUAGAUCAUGCAUCCCAUCUCCUUCACAUACAUUUUAUGCUUUCUUUUUCUCAUCCAGAUUGUUCUUUUUCUCUUUUCCAUACAGCAGAACCUGCUUGCUUUAACCUCUUUACAGCUUUUAAUUUUGUGAAUUUCUUUUUUGGAAGAGACUUCCUAUGGAAUUUGGAGGGGCGGGGCUAGGAACAGUAGAACCCUAGGUAGGCAGUGGAAGCGGCUUUUCCUGCCUCUGCCCUUCCGGAAGCAGAGCCUUGACCUCGGCUGACCAAGGAGACAGAUCCACAGCCUUUGGAAGCCAUCUUUGAUCCACAGUGGGAUGAAGACUAGGUUUUCCCUGGCAAGUUCCAGAGGAACAGACCUACUGACUUGUAAUUCUUCUCACUGCUGAGGCCAGCACCACACCCUCUGAGAAGGCGUCUUCCCCAGCUACAGCGUUUCAGGAACACCUGCUUUUCUGCUUCCCUGAAGAUCUUUUCUGCCCUGGGUCUCAGGGCCCCCGUCUUCCCUGUCGCAUGUCGUUGCCAUGCUCAGAGCCCUUGCAUUGGUGACCUUGCUGAAUCCACUUAGGUUCCUUCCCCACUGGGGACCAUCAGCUGCUUCGCCUUUGGACCAGUGACUCUCGGAGAGGUGCUUUUGUCCCCUGGAGGCCGUUUUCACGGCCGUGUCUGGGCGUGAGGCUGUGCGCUGCCAUCCACGGGGUGCUGCCGCCCAUCCUGCAGCGCCCAGGGGAGACCUGGCUUCCUACCAGAGAAUCUGCUGACUCAGGAUGUCAGUAGUGCCCGGCAAGGAGACCUCGAUGAAGGCGGUGUCGAGCCCGCCUGUGUACCAGAGGACUUGGUCAACUCCCAGCCCUGGACACAGUGCCUUUGGACCCCCAGGCAGCUAGUUGAGGCAGAGAACUGAGGUUCUUGAAUUUUCCUCAGGCGCUGACCUUUGGCACCUCUGUGUAUACAGCGAGGGCUGCCCCCAACACGGGCACACACACAUUGAGGGGAUGAGGUGGGGACUGGUCUCUGUGCGCUAGGCGGGGUGGGAAAGGACAGAGUCCUUUGUAACUGUCCAGAGCAUUUGGGCCCCUUUCCCAGGGAAUCAGGAUGUCAAACAUAGUUUUCCUUGUGGAAGGGCAGCAGGGAGCUAGGAGAGAAAAGAGCAAUACAUCCCAUCUCCGUAUUCCCGAGCUCAGGAGCCCUUCAGCAAGGCUCUGUUUUGCUCUUCAGCCCCAUCCCCUUCCGCAAGACCUGACUGCGCGCCUGCAGGCGGGGCGGAGGAAGCCUUUGCCUUGCACCUCCUCUUCCCAGUCACUCCCUUCUGCGCGGAAAGGAGAGUGCCGCCCCCCUUCUCUUGCAGGCCAGGUGCGUUUCCCCCAGACAGACAGCCCGCCCGAUGACGGAAUGGAGGACGGGGAGAAGCUGUGAUGUCAGUUGUGCAGAGCCUGGGCCCAGCUUUCCCUUCCCUUCACCCGUCCCAGGGUGGAGAGUUGCGAUGCUCCCGUCCCAGGUGUCCCCUUGUGCAUCCCGAGGGUGCGGCGUGGAGGUAGCGGACGGUAGGUAGGGAUGGUGGGUGACAGGGGAAAUAGCAAAGACAAAAUGGCCACAGUUUUCUCACGGGUACGUCCCACCUCAGGAAGGGUUUAUCUGAUUUCAAACAGCCCCAAGUCCAGUAACCUUCCGGGAGGGUUUGCCUGGGCAGGCAGUUCUUGUUCCUGAGUCUCUAGGCCUUAGUCAGGAAAGUACAACAUAGAUCUCGUCAGGGGCCUUGAAGAAAAAGAAAAAAGUCUAGACUCCUGUUCAUUUAAUUAAUAGUAGUUUGGGGGAACCUUGCUUUGCUAGGAGGUUUAGUGAAAUGAUUCCCUGGUGGCUCAGAGGUUAAAGCAUCUGCCGGCAAUGCGGGAGACCCAGGUUCGAUCCCCGGGUCG